AUGGAUUAUGUUCACAUUUCUGAUUCGGAUCUCAGGAUCUUGGACCUUUGGUCAUCUGGACAGUGGAACCUUGAGAAUAUCUAUUCUCCUCUGAAUCAGUCUCUGCAGAGCAAUAUUAACUCUUACAACCCAGAUGUUCAAGCUGGUUCAGAGGUCGGUUGGUGUUGGACUGGUGCGACUUCAAAGGUUUAUAAUGCUCAUAGUGGUUAUUUGUGGCUCAGUAAGAAGAUGUUUAGUUGGGAGGAUAGGGGUAAUUGGCUUUGGCUUUGGCGUCAACAUGUUCUAGAAAAGCACAAAUUUUUGGCCUGGCUAUGUCUUCGGGAGGCUCUUCCUACUGCUGCAUUUCGUUUUAGGAGGGACAUUUCGUACAUGGAUAGCUGUCCACGAUGUUUCUCAGGUCAGGAAUCGCGCCCCUUUAGAUUCUUUUCUGGUCUCUGGUGGAUUUGGCGUUCGAGGAAUAACGAGAUCUUUCAUCCUCACGAGCAUUGGACCACAGACAAGGUGAUUGGUAUGGCUUUGUCCUUGGAAAAGGAGCUCCGAAAUAUUUUUCAGUUGCAACGACUGUCUAUCCCCUCAACCAUUAGUGGCUCUUGGAUUUCCCCCUCAGUGGGUACCUUUAAGAUUAAUUGUGAUGCUAGCUAUCCUAGCAGUGGUGCUCGAGUUGGUUUUGCUUGUGUUAGCAGAGAUUGGAAGGGAAGGUGGCAACGAGGCUGUCUGGGAACAAUUGAGAGUCGUAGCAUUUUGCAAGGAGAGUUAUUUGCUAUUUAG